AUGACACAGGUUGAAGGGUUGUCAACCUGGAAUCCAGCGUUUAGACCUGAGGACAACGAAAGUAUAAUUACGAACAAUUUGGCCCAGUUGGUGCUGGACCCUGAAAGCCGACCGGCCGAAGUUUCUCCUGUUGACGUCCACACAUCGCCCUUUGGCGACGAUGCUGAUGUUGAGAACGAAACUCAUGUGCUGGAAUCACCUUUACCCUCCGAACCACAAGACGCUCCUGCCCCCGUUGCGACUGACUCGGAUCCAUCACAGAAUGCUGAUCCGAUAACUGAAUUGAAGGAUGUGCUUGAACAACCCAGACAUAUUGAUGGAAACGAUUCGUCGAUACACCCCGAUGACACUCAAGUUGCAGAAAAUGUUGCGGAAUAUGUGUCCACCCAGCCCGAAGAUGAUAAGGAGCAAGCAAAUGGGCUUCAUCUAGGGAAUACCGUCGCGGAAGGCAUGUCUGCCGAGCAUGACAAGGAUGAGCACACAAGUGGGCUUCACCUGGGAAACUCCGUCGCAGAAGCUUCACACUUCUCAGCGCCAGAAGAGUUCUCUGGCGUCGAAACGAGCGGAAAUGGUCUUCAUUUUAGGGCUGUAAAGGGCGAUACUUCAUGGAUAGAUGGCGAUGAGGUUGAAGAAGACAAGGAUGCGAUGCCGCAUGGAGAGAUAAGCAAUGACCGACCCGGUUUCUGGGGUAAUCUAGGUAAUGAUGGACGCGACAACGAGGAUGAUUUUUUCGAUCAGCUCAAGACACAGACGAAGCCGAUUUACGUGCCACCAGAAACAGAAUCUCGUUUUGAGGAGGGGGUCCCGCUACUGGACAACAGUCCUCAAACUCCUGUCGAGCAGGCUCAAAGGGGAGAUAAUCAACUCGAUAAUGUUUUCGCCGGCGACGAGGAUGAUGAGGGUGAUUUCUUCAACGAAAUUCAAAAGUCCACUCCUGAAGAAGGACCUUUCCAUAUCACGCGCAAGAGCACCACUCAGGUGCUGAGCACUCUCGACACCACCCCAGACUCUCCCUUCAGCGAAACAUCGCCGACAGCGCAGGAUUUCAAUCAGAUUUUGGCUGACACAAGCGCCCAAAACGAGACCAAAGAGCCAUCUGAUGCGGAUCUUGCCGCAAGGUGGCAGGCUGAACUAUCGGAUGACGCGGAGGAGACAAUGCCGCCUGAAGAUGAUCUGGCUGCACGGUGGCAAGCUGAACUGGAUGACGAUGAUGAUGACUUGCUUUUAGAUGAGGCCUCAACCGCGAACAACGAUCAAGAGGCCGCCCAGCUCAACCAGGAUCACAAUGCGGGAUUUGCUGCAAGCCUCCAGAGCCCGUUUGGCACUCCUGAGAACCCUGCCAGGCCCAAAGCUCAGCCGAUCUCUUACACGCCGCACCAACCCUCCACAUCGGACCUGCUCCAAGGAAUUCCGGCUCAAGCGCCUGUGCCUCAGCCUCAUAAUGCCCCCACGUCAAAUUAUUUUACAGCACAGGCCCCGCCGAAUCCCGUUACAACGAGAGCGGAGAGUUUUGCAGAGCGUUCAAAGGAAGGAUAUAAGUCUCCUUAUGAUCUGCCGGAAGAUCUCGCACGGCCUCGUCGCCCUGUCGUCAGUAAGCAAGUCAUCCCGCAACCUGGUAAUCUACCGCCGCCACCUCCACGCAGCAGCAGUAUACCUGCACCCUCUCCACAGCCAUCAAAAGCCCCUGCCGGAGUGCUUGGGACCUCGCCAAAACAACCUGUCGCUGCUGUUACCCCAAAGAACUUCUAUGAGGAACUUCCAUUACCGCCUCCUCGGCCCAAAUCGAGGCCUGCUAGCUCAGGAAGGUAUACGCCAAAUCCUACUUCAGCGCCCCCACCAGCGCCUCUAUCAGUGCCGCAGUCAAUACCUGCCCCGGCAAAUCCGUACGCUAGCAUCCCGCUUGCACCGAAAUCCGCUGGCGACCUUCAGUCUCCACCCGAGCUGCAUCAGCCUGAGAAAUUAGACCCAUAUUCAAGUCUAUUGGCGCCCGCCGCUCUAGGUGCACCAGUUGUGCCUGGUGCUCAAUCGCGAUAUUCUCCCAAGCCCCCUGGCUUACAGGCUGGCACUAAGCCUUUGCCAUCUCCCAGAUACUCACCAGCUCCGCCUGCAUCUACUGUUGUUGCCGGAGCUCCUCCUCCCCGCAAUCGUUAUGCCUCACAACCGUCCAGCAUCUCUGGUCCAGGCGCUGUUCUCCCGUUCCAACCGCGCACAUCGAGCCCUUUGGCUCAUCACGAGAAGAUUUCAUAUCACCCCCCCGGUGUUUCGGAAGAACGGCGCCGAUCAGAGCCCGCAGCCGGCCUUCCCCCGCCCAGUCACGCGCAGCCCUUCCAACCGCCGGUCAUUCCAGAAAGCCAGGGUCCUGUCGAUGCGGGCAUCCAUGAGAAUGUGCAACCGAGUGUGACCCAACCAAACUCGCCCCCAAGAAAUCCAUAUGCCCCUUCAGCUUAUGUAAAUGAGUUUGCGAAGCGUGUGGCCCCCGUACAGAAUGAUCUACCGUCCAUUGGAACUCAGAACGUCGCGUAUGCCCCUCCCGUUGGAGAAUCGCCGUUCGUUCCUCCUCGCCGAUCCCAAACUCAGUCACCUAGUCAACAGUUGCUGAGUCCCCGAUUGUCUCUUCCCCCGAUUGAUCCUCUGCAACGGCCUGCUUCUGUGCAUGGUGCCACCUCUCCUACAAAGACGGUCAAUCCUUAUGCUCCGGCCCAAGUCUCUCUCCACAAUCGUGCUCUGUCCCAAUCGCUUGAUUUUAUUCCCCCUACAGAUGGACAGCAGCUUGAUCCCCUUGAACGGUGGAAAGGGGCGCCGAUUGUCAAAUUUGGUUUCGGUGGCAUUGUUACAUCUUGCUUUCCCAAACAUAUUCCUCGGUAUUCUGCUGGUCAAGCUGCACCGAUGAUCAAGUCCUGUCCUGGUGAAAUUAAAAUUUGUCCUCUGAACGACAGGCUGCCGCCUGCGGAAAGCAUUGUGCAAUAUCCAGGACCACUGAAGAAUAAGUCGAAGAAGAAGGAUCUGCUCGCUUGGCUGUCGAGCAAAAUUGCCGCUUUUGAGAAUGAGGGUGAUCCGAGUUUCGACCCCACCCAGCCUGAUAUAACCAAGCGUCACGAGGAAAAAAUUCUUUUGUGGAAGAUUGUCAGAUUUCUGGUUGAACACGAUGGUGCGCUGGAGGGCUCGGCUGAAGCCCAAAAGUCUUUGCGGAGUGUGAUGUUUCCCCAUCUCCAGCAAUCCACAACUGAUCAGGUGCCGGGCGACAGCUUUAUACCUGCUGCGACACCUCAGGCGAUAGAUGCGUCUGCCCGGUCAGAUGCCGCAGACUCCCAUUCGAUAGAAUCACUCCGUGAUAGUCUUGUGCUAGGAGAACGAGAAAAAGCAGUAUGGGCAGCAGUGGACAAUCGCCUGUGGGGCCAUGCCAUGAUCAUUGCCUCGACGAUGGAUCGAUCCGUUUGGAAGCAGGUCGUCCAAGAAUUCGUGAGGCGCGAAGUCAGAUCAACGACUAGCCGCACUGAAUCCUUGGCAGCGUUCUAUGAGAUUCUUGCUGGGAACGUCGAGGAAAGUAUUGAUGAGUUGGUCCCUCCUUCCGCCAGGGCUGGUCUGCAAAUGAUUAGCAAAGUCGACGGACAGGGGCCUGCCAAGAACACCCUCGAUGGCCUUGAGAGCUGGAGGGAGACCCUUGGUCUGGUGCUAAGCAACCGCAGCCCCGAUGACCAACGGGCGUUAUUGGCUCUCGGUCAAUUACUAUUGUCUUAUGGCCGUACGGAGGCUGCUCAUAUCUGUUUCAUUGUUUCUCGUGCGGCAGUAUUCGGCGGCAUUGAUGAUCCUCAAGCAAAUAUCGUCCUUUUGGGAGUCGAUCAUCAUCGGCUAGCUUCCUCUGCUCCUUUGCACAAUGAUGAUUCAAUUCUCCUCACCGAAGCAUAUGAAUAUGCGACCUCUGUACUCGCGGGCUCCCCCAUGAACACGCUACCCUAUCUGCUGGCAUUUAAAUUAAUCCAUGCGUGGUCCCUUGCAGACCAGGGACGCAAGUCGGAAGCUCAACAAUACUGUGAUGCGAUUGCAGCGGCUCUGAAGGCGGCAACGAAGCCCUCUGGGUACCACAACCCGCACCUGUUCUACGGUGUUGAUGAGUUAUCAGCACGCCUUCGGCAGACCGCCAGCGACGCUGGGUCAUCUUGGAUUACGAGGCCGAGUAUGGAGAAAGUGUCUGGUUCAAUGUGGGCAAAGUUCAAUAGCUUUGUGGCCGGCGAGGAAAGCGAUGCGGCGUCCACAGGGUCUGGAAAGGCCGAAGAGAUUGGACCAUUUGCCAAGGUCUCGGGAACUCCCACUGUCAGCCGCUCGCCGUCAGUCUCUGAUAUAUAUGGGUCUUAUCCCAUGGGUGGGGCGCAGUCAGCACCUAAUACUGGUGCUUCUCGCUAUCACCCAGUGAACCAGUAUGCGCUGAGUUCCUCACCCGAGCAACUCCGCGGUAGAUCGUCGCUCGACUCCCAGAGAUCUUCCUCCUAUGGAUUCCCCCCGCCACAGCGACGGGGAUCUCAGGAGCCUUCCACCCCCGUGGAAAUGAAUAUUUACCAAGGAAUGCCAACUUAUGGUUCUCCAUCAGCUGCUGGUUACCAAUCGACGCCUCCUCAGACCUCUUACAUGCCUCUGGCACCUGUGGAGGAAGACUCUGCCGCCUACUCACCACCGGACCCGCAACCUGCGCCUUCACAAACACUCGACAACGUAUCGCCUUACCAGCCUGCUCACUAUGCACCAGAGUCGUUUGGUCAGCCAUUUGAAACAAAUGAUGCAUCGGCAACGUCUCAGUUCGAGCAGGGUGGCUACAUGCCUCCAUCAAGCGGUGGCGGCUACGAGCCUCCUUUUGUUGAAGUAAACCCGGCGUCUGCAUCAGAUGAUGUGGAAGAUGAAUCCAAUGAAGGAGCUAAGCCGAAGAAGAAGUCAUUUAUGGACGAGGAUGACGAUGACGACAUGGCCGCACGCGCAGCCGCCAUUCAAAAGGCAGAGAGGGCGCGAAGAGACCGCGAGGCAGAUGAGGCCUUCCGCAAAGCGGCCGAAGCUGAUGCUCAAAAACCUCCGCCCACAACUGCGAAGAAAGGAUGGUUUACUGGAUGGUUUGGCGGCAAGAAAGAAGAAAACAACAGCGGCGGCGGUCCCAUCCGUGCUAAGCUUGGCGAGGAGAAUUCCUUCUAUUAUGACAAAGAACUGAAGAAAUGGGUCAAUAAAAAGGAUCCUGGUAGCAGCACUCCGGCUCGGGGUACACCGCCGCCACCAAGGGGUUCCGCUCCUCCUAGCAGAACGGCGAGCGGCACUGGCGGACCACCACCGCCUGCUGUAGGGACACCUCCACUUGCAGCACUUGGUGCUGGAAGCCGACCGUCCUCGUCCGCCGGUGUUCCUCCGCGAUUGACCAGCAGCCCCGCUCCGUCUGCGCUCGGAGCGCCGCCUCCUAUCCCGCGAUCUGUAUCAACAAGCGCUACUUUGCCGACGCCUCCAGAUGGCUCAGCUGGAGCCCCACCUCGACCAGCAACGUCGCUCAGCUACGCCAGUUCGAUUGAUGACCUCCUUGGCGCACCGCAAGCCCGUAAGGGUCCUGCGGCCAGGGGGAAGAAGAAGGGCAGAUAUGUCGACGUGAUGGCCAAGUAA